UCGUGAAGUUCAAAUGUGUUAAUAAAUCGUAAUAAACAAAAACAACAAGAAUUCGAGAAUAAGAAAGAGAGAAAAACAACUAUCUUUUGAGAGAGUGAGCAAAAGAGAAAUAUUUUGUUAAGAAAAAAAAUUAAAGAGAACUUACACAACAGAGAGUAAAAGUAUGGGGUCUCCGUGAUUAAACCGCAAGUGUUCAGAUAAACCACAACAAAAAUAACAACACACGAAGCCAACAAUGAGUCAGGAGAAAGAUACAAACAAAUAUAGUCCAAACAACAACCACUGCUACAAGAACAACAAAAAUAACAACCACCACCACAACAACAACAGUAACAAUCAUAACACCAUGAAAUAUGAAAACAAACGAUCGUCUGUGCCCAAGGCGGCUGCUGCUACGGCUCUUGGCUGUGAUGGAGCGUCCACCACGGCUCUCUAUGAGAAUUUCAUGGCUCCCCAUCAACGAGAAAACGUCAUCGCCCCAGCCAACAAUAACAAUCAGAUAUACUCAUAUUUGGCGGCGGCGGCGGUUGAAAACAACUCUAACCAGACCAGUCCAUUUAAUGGUGCUCAGCAGUUCGUUUACGAAACAAGCACUCAACUAAACGGCAAGUUUUCGGUAUCUUCCACAACGUCGAGUUCCGUCGACGACAAAGAUAAGGAAAAACGUAAUUACGAAAACAUCGACUUUGGCGAUCGGCAAUAUUUGGACGGGAAUCGGAAAGUGUUGUUGCAAAAAUAUUUUCGUACCGCCCUGGUGGGACCGCGCGAUAAUAUCUACGAGAAUUUAUGUCGCGGCUGUAACUACGGUGUCUUUAGCGCUCGCGGUCCACUGUGUAGUUUUUGUGAGUGUAUUGUGAAUGGUGUCCAAAGUUUGGGACCCACACCCGUCGAGAGUACAAAUAAUAUUUACGAGAAUAUCUGUGAGUAUUGUUCGCAAUUUUAUAGCGGUAACGAUGCCGAGGAUUGUGCGUGUCGUAAGCAUAAACAAUUGGAAUUAACGUUUAGUUUUCGGGAAGAGGAAAGUGAAGAGAUAGAGGUGAAGGAGGAGAAUAAACAAAAGUAUUUGAAAAAGUCGGGUAGUGAAGAUUGUCUAAUAAAGUGCGAGGAAGAAGAGAAAAAACCACAGAAACAAGUGAAAAUCCGCAAAUCUCAAUCGUUCAAUAAAAGUGUCAAACCCAAGCGAUUGGCCAGUUUUUGGGAAUCUCUGCGAAAAAAUCGCUCAAGUGAUUUGAAAACGAAAAAGUCCCCGGCUGCUGCCUUGGAAAUUGUUCACAACGUUGAGGGUUAUGAUCAGGUGUUCCAUACCAAAGAUACCUUCGAUUUGCAGCGUAUUUGUGAGCUAAAACGCAGUGCCACCAGCUGUAGUGAUCAGCAUAUUUAUGGUAGAUUAAAAAAUAGAGAUUUGGAAUUACUUAAGUCGCAGGAGGAAUUUCUCUCCACCCAGAGUCUGAGUCAACACGAAAAGGGACCGAAAAAGAAACGUAUUUCCAAGGCGAAAUUUUUAAGAUCGGCUUCCUCAAAUGUCGAUCAAGAGGAGAGCCAAUAUUCUAUAGAGACAUUGGCUGCUCCCACUGCAAAUAAUUCCAGCUUACAAUCGGUUUAUUUGAAUGCCAGCAUUUGCCAAUGGCUGGCCUCGCUGCGUCAUCACCAUCAUCAUCAUCAGUAUGUCAACAAUCAGUUGAAUGGUGUAAAUAGCUGGUUGUUAGCUUUAGGCAUUGAAGAUUUCGAUGAGUGUUUGUGCUAUCCCAAAAGCAUACCGGCCAAACGUCGUUAUCAAUUGGGCGCCACCUUCACAACUCAUACUUCAAAACAUUUACAAAUUUCUCAAAACGUGUUAAUGACUAAUAAGUCAAAUAUCCGAGCGCAUAAAGAUUUAACAGAUUCAACGGAAAUUGUGACACUUAGAAGAGGUGGUGGUGGUGUUGGUGGCAUAUCAUCAACAGAGUCCUUGGCCAGUGUUGAUGUUGACUACCUACCUACCAACAACGAAGAAGAUCAUUAUCGGCAAAUGGUUGAGGAAUUUAUGUGGCAUUUAAUAAAUAAACAAGUGAAAAGACAACCUUACCAAGAACAACAACAACAAAAACCAUUCAAUACCAUGGCCUCAGGUGGUAAUAGAACACACAAUGACAUACCUUUACGUCAAGCCAAUACAAAUCAUAACAAAGCCAAACGUCAAGGUAUGUACCUGCGCCUGGAGGAAACCCCUAAUUUGCAAGCGGCGGCAGCAGAAGCGACACCAAUCAAUAACAAUGAAAAUUUACCGGUUUUACCCAAAGAGAGUAUUACAGCUCUUGGUAAAGAGAAACUAUACUCUUCAAAAGGAGAGUUAACGGAAACCAACAGAAAUGAGCCAAGACAUGACUUUGGCAAAGAGCGAGUUGAUGUUGAAAUAACUGACUCUCUCAGAGAUGGAGAAAUUAAAGAAGAAAAUGAAAAACCCCACUCCAAAGAAGAGUUAACGGAAGGCAAUAGAAAUGAGCAAAGCAAAAACUCUUUCAAAGAAGAGUUAAUUCCAGACAAUAGAAAUGAGCAAAGAAAUUCCAAAGAGAGGAUUAAGGGUCCAAUAAAUAACUCUCUUAAAAAUAUAGAAAUUGAGGAAAUAAAUAACUCUUCCAUUGAGAGCACGGCACAUAUAGAAGAGAGUUUAAAAUUAAAUGCCAGAAAUCUAGAAAACAAAAGAGGUGGCAUCCAUGAGAGAAAUGUUUUAAAGGCCUUUGAAGCUUUACUUAGACAAGAGCAACAGCAACAACAACACCAUCACCACUACACUAAACAAACACAUGCCAUAGACGAUGACGAGAAGGAAACGGAAGCCAAAGAAUCUCAGUUAAUAACAUCGACAUAUGUUCCGGAGGUGGCAACAUUUGCUAUUAACGCCGUCCAUGCAAAUAAACAAACCGAUGAACAACUGCCCAUAUUUGAUUUUUACAAUCUCAUUCAAUCUCUACAACUCUCCGCGAGCCUAAAUACAAUUGCUCUGCACUACAGUUACAAUGAGCGGGUAUUGUGGGUAUUUUUAGUUAAGGUCUCUCAAGCGGGCGAGAAAUAUAAACAUUUAAGCCACGAGCAAAUGGUGAGAAAAUAUCUCCGUUUUCUCCGUUACCUUAGCGUCGUUGUUCACAGCUCACAAAACAAACAAAGAUCGUUGUGGAGCAUUGACGACGAUCACAGUAGCACGAUUGUUGCACCACCUCCGCUUAAACAUUCAGUUGUAGCUGAAACGUCGUCCGGUAGUGUUGAUCUGAAGCUAGACUUGAUGAAGACAAACGGUAGUCUAUACGGUCGUAUUAUUGUGCGAAAGACAAAUGACUCACUGCUGUCGAACGGGAAAAACGAUAAUGAAAUGCAAAUGACAUCGAGUCAAUCAUUAAUCAAUUCGGAAAUAAACAAUAAUAAUAAUAAUAACAACAUUAAGAAAACGCGUAAAUCUCCACCCGCUGUACCCAAACGGUCACCGCACACCAAAUUAUCACCCUCCACGGAGCAGUUACCCCCCAUACCCGGGCAACGCAACAAAAUGACCAAACCCCCAGCACAACUUUGUGAGGAGACCCGGAACUCAAACCAGGCCUCGGCAGCGGAGCUGAAGGAGGAGGAGGAGAGUAUCUAUCAACCCAUAUGGAAAUUUAAAACCGUGGGUGAGGUAGAGGAGCAUUUUCGCAGCGAUGAGGAUUACUACAGCCUGGAGGAAUUGAAAAAGCAAGGUCAAUCGGAUUCUAUUCCCGAUAUUUGCAUAACCGAACAGGAUGAAGACGAUCACAGUGAGUGGGAACCAGAUGAGGAAUUUAUUUUUACCACCACAAACUCAACCUCGAACAACAACAGCAAUGACAAGCACGAUUCAGACCGCAACAUACCCUCGAUAACAUCCAUUAAACGCACUGAAUCUCUGAGUAGUCAGGAUCGUAAUUCCACCAUACGCAGCAAUCGUAGCCUGGACAGCACCUUGGGUUCUACAUCGCUCAGUGGCAGUACCAUUACGGAUUUUGCCAGCAGCACUGCCACCCUGGCCUCCAAUGUUAGCUCCAGCCUGGUGCAUCACAUGUUUCGAAAUAUUGGCAUAUUUUAUAGCCUGACCGAACCUAAAUUGCGAGCCAUUAUUUAUGACUACGAUCGGAUACAUGCUACGAAAUAUUUCGCCAAAUCCCCCAUAAUUGCGGAUGACAGCAAUGACAGCGGCCUUGGUAAAUCGCCCACACCUUCGGUGAGACAAAUUCAGCAACAGCAACAUUCGAUGAGGGGAUCACCUAUUCUGCAAAAGCAGUCGCAGCAGCAGCAACAACAACGCCUACAGUAUGGGGGAAAACCAAAUAAAUGCAUCAGCAGCAGUGAAAGUGUUGCGGAGAAUAAUGAUACAAUGCGAUCAUCACCAUCAUCAGCUGGCUCAGCGAAAGUGUUGGCAGGCCCUAACCUAAGCCCCCCAAAUACACGAAAUUCCCCCAACACAGACAAUAAUAAUGGCAGUAGCAGUAGCAUCGCUGGCGAUCCAGCAGCAUGUAAUUUAUCAUCUGUAUUAGCAUGGAAACAACAAUUGUUGAAUGUAAAUUAUAUGGAGGAUGAAGAAGAUAUGAUUGUCUCAGAAUCGGAAAUUUUGCGUGCUCAAAUGAUCAAAGAAGACGUCCAGCCGCAACAAUUCACCCAGCGAUACAAGAGUCGAUCGACAGAGAAUUUUUUGGAAUUACCUGCCGAGGAUGAUGAAAAGAAAACAAUUGCCGAUCGUGUGCGAAGUCGAUUACAACGAGGAAUUUUAAAUAUUAACAGUAAAGUUUCCCCCAAAAGCGAAAAGAAAAUCUAUAAAGGUCAGCGUAAUGCGCAAACAACAAGUCUAUACCUGGAAGAUGGUCUCAAACCAAAGUAUCCAAUAUUUGGAACACCCCUGGACCAAUUGGAACUGAAUCGGACCACGUGUCCGAAUGUGCCACGUUUUGUUGUCGAUUCCAUUGAGUAUAUUGAACGUAACGAUCGCAUCGUACAGGAUGGUCUCUAUAGAGCGUGUGGCAAUAAAUAUAUCAUCGAUGAGCUGAAACAGAAACUUAGCAAAUCAUAUAUUUAUGAUCCGAAAUUAAUAACAGCCGAUGAUAUACACACUGUGACGAGUUUACUCAAGCAAUUCUUUCGAGAUUUGCCACAACCGCUGAUACCGCAGGAGACGUACAAUUGUCUGGCACGUGAUCUGCUCAAAUCGUCGGAGAACAGCAACGAUACAUUCCGAAUAGCAAUAAAUGAGAUGCCCGAACCGAAUAAGUCGACAUUGGCAUUUCUAAUAAAGCAUUUAACAAAUGUUGCCGCUUGCAGUGCCUCAAAUCGCAUGACCGCUUCCAAUUUGGCCAUUGUCUGGGGACCAUCGCUCUUCACUUUGAAUGAGGCCAACACCUAUGAUAUUGGACGCAUGAAUACCAUAGCCAAAAUGCUAAUAGAAAACUUUGAUCGAAUUUUCUACACAAAUGAACGUUUGCUAUAAGCUAAAACAUUUAUUGUUAUUAUCAUUACUAUUAUUAAUAUUAUUGUAAUUGUAAUUAUUAACAAAUUCAUUAUUAUUAUUAUUAUUAUUGUAUACAUACAAAAAAUGUUUAUUAUUAAAUUAUUUAUUAAAAAAAAUAUAGAUCGACUUCCACAAGUGCAUGUUUGUCAACAAAUUGAAAAUACAAUAAUUAACAAAUAGAAAAAAAAGCUUUACUCAUUAGUUUUUAGAUGGAAAUUAAUACGAAAUAUAUUCUUAUAAUGAUGAUGAUGAUGUUUAUUAUCAUCAUUCUUUAUUAUGAAUAGAUAGAUUUAUAUUAUUGAGACUUGAAAAUAACAAUAAUAUAUAUUUUUUUUAAUCUUUACUCAUAUACUUAUACACUUGUAAAUACAGUUUGUCAAGAAAGUAUUGAAACAAAAUUUAUUUGAUUUUCAUAAUUAAAAUUUGAAGCAAUUUUUUGUUCUAUAAAAACGUGAAAUUGAAACUUAAAUAAAAAAUCUGGAUAAAUAUUAAAAAAAAAAUACAAAAUAAAAAAAGUAAUAAUAAUUCUCAUCCCACAUUUCCAUAGAAUAAAAAUCCUGCUCCUAGUAUUGUUUUUUUAAUAUUUGUAUGUAUUUUUUUUUAAUUUAAAACUAUCGAUUUUGUUAAAUACUUUCUUGAUAGAUUGUAUAAACUUAUUUAUAUAGUCACAUGCUGAUAAAUCGAACUAAUAUCACAACAUACCAAAUAUUUUGUGUUAAAAGACAUACUUAUAGAACAUCACAUUAGUUUCAUAGAAAUAUUUAGCCAACCCUCCCUCCCCCCGCAAAUAGUUUUCCAUAAAACAAUAUGAUAAUAUUCAUAUAUAAAAAUAAACGUUUUGGAGCUGAUCGCAGCGAUUGGCCUUUGAUUUACAGAGUGUCAUUUUGGUAUUUUAAAAAUGGGGCCUUGCAAAUUUGUAUAUUUUUCAAUUUUCAUAUAUACUCAAAUCUUAGCCCCCAAUUCCGAACUUUUAGAAACAUCCUAAAUUUCACCCUAGAAACCAAUGAUAACUUUUAAAAUGUUGUUUUCUAUAUUGUUUUAGGUGCUCCCUUAAAACAUAAACUAUGUUUUAUGUAUUCAUUGUUUUUUAAUAAUUCCAAAUUAUUUUAAUAAAAAAUUUCCAUUUUAAAUUUAAGUAAAACAAACAAAAAAAACAUAAAAAUAUUAAUGUGAUAACUUAGCUUGGUAAGACUGUGUAUAUUUCGUGUGCUCCGUAUUUUUUUAUUUGUAUAUAAAAAUAAUUGUAAUAAAACAAAAACUAAUAACAAAAAAAAA